AUGAGUUCUUCAACAGUGAGUCGAUAUCGAGAAUCAACGAGUGUUACGACACCGACUAAAGUUUAUGAUCAAAAUGAUGCAUCAUUUGCUGAAGAAGAAGCACUUGAUGCUAUUGCCAAAGAAGCUGAACUUCGUCUUUAUCGUCAACGUGAACAAAAUCGUGAAGCACGUCAAAUUCGACAUAAAGAAUUAGAAAAAAAUGCUCAAGAUAAUGAUGACGAUGAUUCACCAACAAGUUCGCAUGCAUCAUCAACACCUAUCGAAUCAACGAAAUCUGCAACAAUUAAUAUAAAUCCUACAAUAGGAAUAAAUACAAAUACUUUAUUACUUCAAAAAUUUCUCAAUGGUGAUAUUGAUCUUCGUACAAUUGAACAACGUGAUUUAAGACGUUUAUUAAGUGAGCUUGAAUCAAAAUAUAAAAUAUUAAUGAUAACUAAUUCAAGCAUGUACAAUGAAAAACAAUCAUUACAUUAUCAAAUUGAUAACUAUAAAGAUUUAUUAGAGGAAUAUUGUGAAACAUCUAAUCAAGCUAAAAGACAAUUGAAAGAAAAAUCUCGAGAGUUUGAUCUACAAAAACGAACAUUAAAUGAUCUUCAACAAGAUUAUAAUAAAACUGUAGAAAUCUUAACUAAUUGUGAAAAAUUAAUUGAAGAAUAUGACGUUCAAAAAUUUUCAACUGUUUCACCAACUGAGAGUAAUUCACGAGAAACAUUAAUAUUACUUAAUUCAUUUGCUAAUGGCUCAAUUGAUGAAAAAUUCAAAAGAAUUUUAAAUGAAAAACAUGAACAAUAUGAUGAACUACUUAAAUUAAAAUCCGAAUUAGAUGAAGAAAAAACUCGUUUAAGAAUAUUAACAGAAUCUAGAUCAGAUUCACUUGAAUUACAUAAUCAAAAUAUGAAUGAUGAAUGUGAUUCCGAACAACAAAAACAGUUAAUGAAAGAAAUAAUGAAUUUGCAAAAUCGAUUACAACGAUUAGAUACUGAUAAUGGUUCAUUACAACAAGAAAAUAAACGUUAUGAAGCUCAACUUGCACGUUAUAAGCAACAACUAGAUGAUGGUGAACGUGUUGAAGAGGAACUUAAACAAGAACGACGAGCAUUACAACGAGAGCUUCGUAAUGCACGUGAUGAUUACGAAAAAGAACGUACACGAAGUGAUGUUUUACAACGAGAGAAUGAACGUUUACGUACAUCACGUAACAACAAUUUACUUAGUAAUACAGAUGAUAAUAUUGUUAUAUCAAGAUCUCAUUCACCAUUAUUACCAACUAAUUCCAAUGAUAUACAAUCAAAUUCACCUAUAGAAGAUACGAAUUAG